AUGGACGACUUUUUGGCACGACAUCCCGGGGUCAAGUAUAUUGUCUAUCUGACCGUCGACUAUGGCAACGUCGCGAGAUGUCUGCUCACGACGACGUCUCGAGCGAGGCACAUUGCAGCGACGCAUGGAUCCGUAGCGUCCGCCUCGUCGAUGCAGUUUGCGUCGUGGGCGAUCACAGGGACAGACGAUGAUGUGGAGCAGAUCUUGGAGGGAUCAGCGCAUUGGCGACCGCAUUGGGAGACGCUGAGAUUGGCGCACAGGGUGGAUCAAGCGAUUGUCAUGUGUAGUCUGGAGGAGAUCAAGGCCGGGCCAGCACAUGAACUGGACCGUGAUCCACGGACGGUGCUGCAGAGGGUGAUCGACGAGGCGAGGAGGGAGGACGGGAUAGAAUGUAUGGUGGGGUAUGAGAUUGAGUUUCACCUCCUCGAUGGGCCCGGACCGUCGGGACCCAACGAAGGAGCCUAUAGCAUGUCAGUUGUGCGAGAGGCUCGAUUCGAUGUGGUAUUGGAGAUGGUGGAUGCCAUUGAGCGUGCUGGGAUCAGCACAUGGGCGAUCCACCCAGAGGUGAACAAGGACGAGUAUGAGAUCUCGUUGGCACCGAGAGACGCCCUCGGCGCAGUAGACGACCUCAUCCACGCCCAAAACAUCAUCCGAGGGAUCGCUCGUCGACACGAUCUCGUCGCGACAAUGCAUCCGCAGCGGGCUGAACAAGGUCCAACGAUCGGUAAUCACACACAUAUCUCGGUGAACAAGUGUGGAGACGCGUUUCUCGCCGGUCUGGUCGAAGGACUCGAGGGCAUCUCGGCGAUCCUCAUGGGCGGAUACGAUAGCUUUGGCGGCGGGCGGAACGCGAUGCUCGGGGACGGCAAGAUUGGAUGGUCAGAGAGCAAAUCGACGCCGAUCAGGCGAUUCAGCGAGAAUCACUUUGAGAACAGGGUGCCAGACUGUUUGGCGAAUCCGUACCUUCAGCUCGCCGCGUUGAUAGGUACGGGAAUGGAGGGUGUACGGGGUGUUGGUGGUGGUAGGAGGAGGAGCAGCUUGGGACAGGAUCAUGGGACGUUGCCGAUGGGUCAGGCCUCGGCGUUGGACCUGUUGGAGAGAAACGAAACGAUGCGACGGAUUCUCGGCUCGGCAUUCGAGACGCAGCCAAAAUGA